AUGGCGCCAAAGAAGACACUUAAGCAGAUCCUAGACUCCGAGUAUAUCGAGAAUAGUGACGAUGAAAACUCAAAGGGUCUGGAGGCCUCGGAAAACGCCUUAGAGGAGGACGAAAAUCUCGAGGAAGAGACCGAUAAUAAAGAUUACUGUGUAGACUGUAAAGACAUGAAAACAGAGAUAAUAUGCAGAGACUGUGAAGAAUAUUUUUGCGUUGUGUGUUUCGGGAUGAUUCACCGCACUGGCCGCAGAAAGAAGCAUGAAUUUGUAAAAAUAUCCACAGAACAAAACCCUCUUCCAUCCGCUGAGGAAGAACAAAAACGGAUGCAAGAGUCGAAUAAUAAAAGUGCCGACCAUCAUUCGAAAGAAGAUUCAGUGCAGCCAGUCAUGGAGUCUGUCAAUUCAAUUGACCAGAAAAUGCUGGCAAUGCUAACAAAACACGCAAAAUACAUACCCAUGCGACUUACCCCGGAGGAGAGACAUUUAUUGAGACUUCUGGAAGCAGCUCUUCAGGUAUCAGAAUACACCGAUCGUGUUGACAUUAUCUCCUACAAAUCUAAGGCCAAGAGAAUUGUAGAGCAGCUAAAGGAAAUGUGCUCAGUAUUAUGUGGUCUUGUAAUUGCUUCAAAUCUAAGGGUGGGCAAGAAACUGCUAGAAAUGAAGAAUUUUAGUGACAUCUCAUCAUGGUUCCAAGAUGUUUUCGAAAUUGGAAGACGCUACAAGAUUAUGAACCCCGAAAAGAUGCGGGACACGUACGGGAAACUGUGCUACAUGAUCAUGGACUCUCGCUUACCGCAGAUCGAGGACCACCUAGAGUUCCAUCUGUUCAAACCUAUCAAAACCGUCUACGACUACCUCACCUCUAAGCCUGACGAUCAAGGACAGGCACUGAGGAUUUUCGAGGAUAAGCUGAUCUUGUAUGCUACUUCUCAGGUUUCUCCUGUGGGUAAGUCAAGAGCGGAGAUCAACAGACUCAUUAGACAGAAGGAGAACGCCAUAGAGAAACUGGUGGCAAAAUACAGCAGCAAGUACUAUAGCAAAGAUGAUCUCCGUCAGGUUUUGUACUCCAUCGGGGAUUACAAUGCAUACGUCAACAUGAACCGCAGACCGGUGAUGAGAAUGCUUGAAAGACUGGAGGCUUUCAAAGAUCCCGCAAUUGCCUCUCGGUACAACAUUGGUAUUCAGUAUGGCAGAAAUGGAGCUCGUCUAACGCACGAUCACGACCGUCAAAUGCAGUACGUACAGCAAUCGCUGACAUUAUGGUCCUCCAUACAAAGAGAAAUGAUACAUCUGUGGUACAUUGCAGACCAAGAUCUGUACAGCGCCCAUGAGUACAGACUUGCAUCGACUGGCCAAGGUCUAAAUCGUAUAAAGUCCUGUCCUGCACUUUACCGAGAAAUGCAAAACAUUCUCAGAGAGUGUCGCUCCAAGUGCACUACCUGGGUGGGAUCGUCAGUGGUGCAUUUGGGGGAUGAUGCGGUGCCCAACGCAUUAUUUUUCCUCGAUAAAUACAUACAGGUCCCCAAUAUCUUGAUUCCGUUCGAUCAAGCUCUGUUAAAGAUCAACGACCUGGUUGAGGGCGAUUCGGCCAUUCAGGACUACAUUGAAGCCGAGUACGGCUCGGUUGAAGAUUUAAAGCUGGUUAUUCUGCAGGACGCAUUCGCCCACAUGUUCGAUGGCUCGGGCGCAGACAAUUUCUACAUGAGUGGGUCCUGCAUUGACGGAAGACUAACUUCUGCGUGGAAUCAUACCAACUCCAUUGCGAAAAAGAAUUACUACAAAAUCUUUUUGAUGACUGGAUUCAUUGGAUUCAAUGGUCAAGAAGGUUUUUAG